AUGGGUGAAUGGCUGGAUUACGAUCGGGUGCUCGAGGAGCUGACCAAUUUUACGGGAAAACGGAAUGAGGAAAAGCCUGCUGAAACGGCUGAAAUGGCUGAAGCAACCACGGCAGAGACGGCGGCGGCGGCGACAGCAGCCGCGGCGGACUCUGACGCAAAGGCCGAGGUCACUGAGGAAGGCGGCGAAGCGGAGAUGAAGACGGCGGAGACGACCACGGCCACGACAACACCAAAGCCGAGCAGCAACGAUGUGGUGGUGAAGGAGAAGGACACCACAACCACUGCCACCACCCCCGUCGAGUUCCCCGAACUUCUGAACCGAUACUUGGAAGGCAUCGCAAAGAAUGGCGAUAUCAUCUUUCCCUGGAGCUCUGUGAAGCCCUUCAUCCGCCGCAAGCUGGAGCAGGUGAUGGACGCCUUCCGGCGCGACAAUCCGCUCACCGAGACGCAGCUCCGCGUGCCCAACUGCAAGCCCUUCGACUUCGAGGAGCAGAAGGGCGAGAUCAUGAAGAGCUUCGACUGGUUCUACGCCGCCCCGUUCACCAUCCAACGCCUCUGCGAGCUGCUGAUCGACCCGGGCAAGCACUACCACCGGACGGACAAGUUCCUCCGUGGGCUGGAGAAGAACGUCCUCGUCGUGUCGACGGUGCAGCCGCGGCCGAACAAGUACGCCACUGCGGAGACCCGCGUGGAGAAGCAGUCACCCUUCAAGGACAUCUUCAACUGCUCCUCGCCCAUCAACAAUCACUCGUCGUGCUCCUCCUCCGCCGGUUCUAUGAACGGCAGCCUCGAUGGCAGCGUUCACCUGGGUGGCUCCAACAGCAGCAGCGCCUACGAGGGCGCCUCGGCCUCGCCUUAUGGCCAUCACCACCACCACCAACACCCGCUGGGGGCGAACGCCUUCUACGACCAGGCCUCUUCGGGCGGCGCCUCUUCGCUCAACAACAACAGCAACCACAGCCACCCGCACCUGCUGGGCACGAUGAACUCGGAGAGCAGUGGAAAUUCAGGUGCUGGCGGUAACAACUCACUUCACUCACCUCAUCCUCCGCCCACUUCCUCCUCCGCCUCCUCUUCGCCUCACCACUCCGCCCUAGCUCCUCUCCAGCAGCUGGACUCCUUUACAAACGUCUUCACCAGCAGCAGUAGUAGCAGCAGUGGUAGUGGCAGUGGUACAACGCACCAACACCAUCAGCAACAGCAGCAGCAGCAGCACCACUACCACCACCACCUGGCACACGGCGGCUACAGCCUGACCAAUGGGACGCUCUCCGCCUGGGCCUCGACUGCCUCCUCGGACACGACGACGACCACUACCACCGGCUCCGGAGGGGGAGCAGGAAACGCCGACGACAACAAGAUUACUUCGGAGAGGACCACUACCACCACCACUACAGCCUCUAUAAUCACCACGACCAAGACCAAGACCACUGAGCCUCUGAUUGAAGACGGUGAUGACGAUGAGGAGGAGGAGGAAGAGGUGGAGACCACCUCGGUGGAGGAGAACGUGGUCGUCGACGCUGAGAUGCCCGACGAGGAGAUGAUGGUCGACGAGGAAGAGGAAGAGGAGGAGGAGGAGGCCAUCUCCGAGGAUGAGGAGGAAGUAGUGGUCGACCACCAUCCUGACGACGGAGUGGUGAAGAUGACCACCACAGCAAAGGAUGAAGAGGAAUCCGGCGACACUAAUGUGGUCGUCGAUGCGGAGAUGAUGCCCGACGAGGAGAUGAUGAUUGUCGGCGAGGAGGAGGAGGAAGNCCACCAUCCUGAUGAGGACGGGGUGGUGAAGAUGACCACCACAGCAAAGGAUGAAGAGGAAUCCGGCGACACUAAUGUGGUCGUCGAUGCGGAGAUGCCCGACGAGGAGAUGAUGAUUGUCGGCGAGGAGGAGGAGGAAAGUGUGGUAGUGGAGACUGCUGCCAAAGUGGAAGAAAAGGCGGCGGCGGUUGAUCUCACCUCCUCCUCGAAUACAAUCCUCAAGGAGGAACUCAAGAUCGAGGCUGAAGAAGUAGUCCCAGAAAAGAACAGCAGCGUUGAAGAGCCAUCGAUAGCAGCAGCUGCUGUCAUCGACACAGUUGAACCGCCGACACUGGCCGCUGUCGCCGCCCCCGAAACUUCGCCCGCCUCUCCGCAGCAGCACAGCUAG